ACCAUUCUAAUAAGUGCGCACUCAUGCCAUGUCCGCUUUCCGUUCUUGGCAGACUGUUGUAGCUGUAGCCUGCAUGAUGGCUCUACUGCAUCCUAGCACUACGAAUCAGUGCAAAGAGGCUGCAGAAACGUUGUGCCACGAAGGGGAGGGCGCCAAUCCAGGCUGGGAUCAGCAGCUGGUGGUAUACAGUCCCCCGCAGUUUCUGCAGCCGCUACAGCAGAAGGAGAGGAGGGUGGAGUUUGCUAGUCGGGAGUGGAUCAUACAGCAAGACUGGGACAGUAUUGGAGUCGCUGCUGUUGUGUGGGAGCCGGCUCUGGCACUGUGUCGCUAUCUGGAGGAAGAUGGUGCUCAACUAGUGAGAGGAAAGAGAGUGAUAGAGUUGGGGGCUGGGACUGGGCUGGUUGGUCUAGUGGCUCAUGGUCUUGGAGCACAUAGUGUGGAUGUCACUGACCGAAACACCGGACCCGCUGAACGUAACCUAAAACUGAACUCCCACAAUCUUGACCCCCUGAGACCCGUCGCUGUGCGUCAACUGAGCUGGGGACAAGACGUCGCCACGUUCCGGCCACCCUACGACGUACUGCUAGCCGCCGACGUGGUGUACAUCGAGGACAGUUUCCCCGUCCUGAUCCAGAGUAUGGCUGACCUGAGUGACAACAGGACAACGGUGCUGCUGUCCUGCAAGUACCGCUACAAGAGAGACUCGAGGUUCAUGGAGAUGCUGCGGGAGAGGUUUAUGGGGAUGACUGUGUGGACUAGUGGAGACCUCUCCAUCUACAGCUUGAGGAAAAAGCUUAAUGUCGUACUCUCACAAUCACACUUAAUAUAUACCUGUUUCAAAAAUCAUUUCUGCAUUUGUGCGAUCUUAAUCCCGCGAUCUUAUUCCAGGCAGGCUGAAAAAUGUGUUAGGAAGCGGAGCACAUGUAAGAAGGGUUCUAUCAUACCUUUGCAAUUUGAACCAACCACUUUCACAUGUAUAGUUACUUUCCACUGGACCACUAACACUGUCUGUGCUGCACAAUUAUGUAUAUAUAUAGGCAGCAACGUGAUAGAGUAUAUACUGAAGCUGGUGACACUGUAAGUGACUGCAGAGUAAUAUUAUUAUUAUGAAGUUGGUAUAAAUGACCAUCUAUUGGGGAGAGUUAUAUACCUAAUGGUGGUGGGUAUAAAAGAAACGUGUGAGGUGACGGAGUAAUUACGUAUGUGACUGCCAUGAAAAGACGGAGGGAAGUCCUAAAUCGGUGGCGAGAGCUUCUUGAAGUGGUUACCAGUCCUAAUUGUCGUCAUAGUUGAAGUUGUCGUAGAAGUGGCUCCGCAGCUGUUGCAGUUGGUUAUGCUGACGGACACACCACGAGAUGGUGGGAUACAGCAGACAAUGCAGACUCCGAAACCUAGUGAUAGGGUAGGGAUUGCUGGCAGCAGUCUCUCUGUCCACACGGGCAGUGUUUUGUAUUAACAUUCCAUAAUGCUCUUAGGACACACUCAAAGACGGUAUGCCAACUAAUGAUUGGUAAUGAUGUAAGACGGAUCGGAUACAUGA